AAGUGCCAUCAAAUUUAAUAGAGGUCAUAGUGAAAAUUAUAUGAAACGAAAUAUGAAUUAAAAAUGGUAUUUUUACAAUUAUAUAGAAUUCUCGACCGCUAACAAGUGUAAAUUGAAUGUGUAGGUCAACUGUUUAUAGCAAUGGAUCGCACAAUUAUCGCCGUGCAGCGCGCAGAGGAACGAGAUCUCGGUGAAAAAUUGUUUAAGAAACUGCGCGGGUUGGGUCUGUUGCAUCCACUCACAGAUGAUCUUCGAAAAUGUCUAAACGAAGAAAUGUUUAUAAAACCAAAUCCUGUGGCAUUUUUUCACGUAAUGCACUAUCUGUUUUGUUUGCUGGAUGCGGUUGAAUUCAAAAAACGUUUUUAUUGGCCCAUAACAGAUAAACGCUCAGAAGCGAAUUUUCGGACAAGCACAGUGGAGUACUUGAAAUAUUUAAACGAAAAACACAAACUACGUUGGGGUGACAUUAAAUCAUACUUAGUUGUAAUGCCUGGCGGUAAAAAAUUCAUCCUAUUUCUGUUGGAAUUUGUGGCAUUUAUAGUGCAAGAGCAGAUUAGAUAUCGGGAGAAAAUAUUGACCGCAGAAGUUGAAGCUGGACAAGUAGCAGAUCUAAAUUUAAAACGCAUGCAAAAGCAAAAUACGUUUUUCAAGGCUUAUGCUUCAGCCUAUAUUAGUAAUGUCGAAGAGCAGAUUGUGCAAUUACGUGACAAAACUCAACAAUUGAAUAAUUUAUUUGAUGCGUUGGCCAGAGAAACUGGCAAAAACAGAACGCAAAUAUGCAAUGAUCAGUUCUUCGUCCUGUUUGAGAAAUCGAAUCUGGAAUUAUACCAAGAGAAAUUUGUCAAAAAGACUGAAAUGAUUCGUAAAUUGGAGAAACCGCUUGUCGAAUUAAACGAGCUGAUGGAGCAUUUUCAACUGAAAGAGGCCGAAAUGAAGUACGAUAAAGGCCGUGUGCAACAGGCAAUACAGAAGAUUGGUGAUGUUAUGCCUGCGGGAAAUAAAGACAACUUAGAAGUAUUUCUGCACCCCACUGCCAAAUCCUUGGUUGAUGUCAAUUUAAGUGAACUCAUAAUUGCGUUUACCAAAAUUCAACCGAUUUUAGAAAAUGCCUUCUGCGAAGUCGAACAGACAAGGAGCUGUGGCGAGUUAGUCACAGCAGAGUUAACAGCACUAAAAAAUGAGUUUCAACAAAUAGAAACGCAGAUUACCAGUUUCCAGAUGUCACUAAAUUCUCAAAUAAAAGAGCGCUCUAGUCAGCGUACACAAGCGUUAGGAGAAAUCAACGAUGACUGCAACUCGCUCAUGAUGAAGUACGUUUGCACGCCACCAAUCAAAUUGGAAGCGAUGAUCUGCGGUCGUCUCGAUAAUAUACGUUUACCACUCUUCGCCGAUAUACACUCAAAAUUUGCUACCGACUCAUUUUGUGGAAAUAUUUCAGUUUUACCGCGUUCCGCACGAAAACACACGGCUAAAGAUACUUCAGUUGAAAUGAGCAAUACUUUGAACAAAUCGCGUAUUAUAGACUCCAUGCAGCUAUUACGUACCAUUCAUAAAGGCACUGCGCGUGCGCAACGCAAAAAUGCCCAAAACACAUCUUUGUCGACAUCAUUACUAAGCGCAAACUGGCGGGAACGUCAAAGCAUCCUUCGUAAUGAUUUGGAAUCUGAAGCGGCUGUUAUAUCUGAAAAAGCAAUAAAAACUCAUAAUAUUAGUGAAAUUUUAAAUAAUAGUAUUGAUCGGUCAACAGAUGUUACCAGUGGAUUGUAUCUCAGUGGUCAACAUUGUGCCAGCACAUCUCCCUAUACACCUUUUGGUUCCAACGAGCGAACUCGCAUCGCGCGCACUCAGCUACUGGAAACGAUAAGUAGUAGCAGUGGAAGUGGUGGAACGAAGGCGAAAGCUUUUUACGCAAGGCGACUAUCAGCUGUGCAGAAAGUCCAAGACGAUUCGCUGAAUAUCGCAAAUAUGAGUACCAGUCCAUCUGGCCGACUGGAUCCGCUUGUGACGGCACCGGUUGAAUCCGUUGAAACGCCAAUACUCAAAUUGAAUGAUGUCACAAUGGAGAAAAAUGAAAUUUGCUUUGAUAAACCUGAUGAGCAUGUGACCUCUGUCCAAGUUUUAGAAUUUUCCACCAGGUAUAUAUUAGUGACCGAGGAACAAGAAAAAAUUAAAUCACACGGGGAAAACGAUCGGAAUAUUAUCAAUACUCCUGUGCGGGCACAAUCGACGAAAUGUCCGAAGCCGCUAGAGCUAGCAGCCGAUGAAGAUGAUUUAUUCAAUAUAAGCGAUACUGUAUUAAAAGAUGUUACAUUGUAGUAAAACUCAAAAACUUCACACAUACACACACGACCACACAUUUACUAUUUUACAAACAUAUAUACAUAUAUACCUACAUUGAUUGCAUUGGAAUUUUUGGCGGUUUGCAUUUUUAUAUUUUGCUUUUCACAUUGCUGUUGUGUAAUAAAUUAACAUUUAAUUUUAA